CAGCUCUGCCCCUAGAUUUUUUUUCUCCUCCUUCUCCUCAUCCCCCCUCCCGCCUUUCCUCCUCUUCCUCCCAUCAUCCUCAUCAUCUUCAGACCCUCUCCUCUCUCCUCCUCCUCUCCCGUUUCCGCUCUACACGGCUGUCCCGGCUUGCAAUUCACAAUGGGUAUCUUGUCCCUCCUCCUACACCCUAACCAGCUUCGCGCUGUGAUCCAAUGGAAAGUCUGGCACGAUCCGGUUCACAAGCGUGACUUGAAGAGCGAGUCCCCCGAGCUUAAGGAGUGCUUCCGCUUCCUCAACUUGACUAGCCGCAGUUUUGCUACCGUCAUCCAAGAGCUUAACCACGAACUCCUCGUCCCUAUCACACUCUUCUACCUCGUCCUGCGCGGUCUCGAUACAAUUGAAGAUGACAUGACGAUUCCACUUGAGAAGAAGACCCCGCUGCUGCGAGAAUUCCACAACUCCAUGGAGAUUGACGGCUGGCAGUUCCACGAGAGCAAGGAAAAGGACCGUGCUCUCCUCGAAAGCUUCGACGUCGUUAUCACCGAGCUUAAGAAGCUCAAGCCGCAAUAUUACGAGAUUAUCAAGGACAUGACCAUUCGCAUGGGCAAUGGCAUGGCUGACUACGUUUCCAACAUGGAGAUGAUUGAGAACGGUAUUCAGACCAUCGAGGAGUACGAGCUCUACUGCCACUACGUCGCUGGCCUUGUCGGCGAGGGUCUUACCCGUCUCUUUGUUGCAUCAGAGCUUGCCAAUCCUAAGCUGGCUGAGCGUCCCUCAUUGACCGAGUCCAUGGGCCAGUUCCUGCAAAAGACCAACAUCAUCCGUGAUAUUCAUGAGGAUUGGGAGGACGGCCGUCGCUGGUACCCCAAGGAGAUUUGGAGCCAGCACGUCGACAAGUGGGAGGAUCUGUUUGAACCCAGCAAGCAGGACAAGGCUCUCAACUGUAUCUCCCACAUGGUUUUGGAUGCUCUCAAGCAUGUUGAAGAGUGCAUCUUCUACAUGGCUGGUAUGCGCGACCAAAGCUGCUUCAACUUUGUUGCCAUUCCCCAAACCAUGGCCAUCGCUACGCUGGAAUUGACAUUCCGCAACCCCGAUGUGCUCAAGAAGAACGUCAAGAUCACAAAGGGCGAUGCCUGCGAGAUCAUGAUGCAGUCGACACAAAACUUGUUCCUUGUCUGCGAGGUCUUCCGCAAGUAUGUCCGUCGCAUUCACAAGAAGAACGACCCGCGCGACCCCAACUUCCUCGCCAUCAGCGGACGAUGCGCCAAGAUUGAGCAAUUUAUUGAGACAUUAUACCCCCGCCAGGACCCCACCAAGCUCACCGAGAUCAACAACAAGAAGCAGUCGGAGCAGUCGCCGACGGACCCUGGAGAGGGUGCUGUCAUGUUCUUCAUUGUGGCAAUCUCGCUGACCGCAUUGACCGCGCUCAUGGUUGGUCUCGCUUGGGCCUUUGGCGCCGACUUCAGCGGCACCUACGCCGACAUCCUCCGAAUCACCGGCUUCAAGAAGCUCAUUGGCGGCCACGACGAGCUGUAAUCACCAUUACGAUUCCCACCCUUUUAUUUUUCGCGUUAUAUUGGUUUGACACGUAUCAUAUUUAAUCUUUUUCUCGAUCAACAGCCGACAUGUAUUUCAGCGUCUGAGCAGGCGACAGUGCGUCAGGAUCGCACCCGCUGCGCAUUACUACCAUCUUUUAUUACUGAUAAUGACUACCCCCUUUUUCACCCUUUGAUCGCGUUCUGCCGUGGUUUUGAAUGUUUUCUCUUCUCUUAGCACGGAUGUCAAAUUGCAAUCUAGUCCUUUCAUGACUGUGGUUGUGCCGAAGAAGUGCUUAUAUCAAUUGCUUACGUCUAAUCGUUAGAGUCUGAGCAGUGUUGCUGGAUCAGAACCUGAAACUCUGAUUUUGCAGCGCGGGAAAGCAUACAUUUCUUGGUUAUGAAUCUUUUUAGUAACCGUUUAAUAUGUCCCAUGAGUGAACUCCUAGUGUAAAUGAAAAUGCCAAAAGGCGUUUUUCUUGAAGAUGAAGAAUAGAAGAUCUAUAUAAGUCUGAAAUGAAAUUCUUGUUCUACCCUUGGUGUCCUACCACGUCCGAUCCCCGUGAAAGUAAUGUAUAUACAGCUUGCACAAUGUGCCCGUGGAUAGGCUCUAUAUCGUCGGCGUUGAAACCUAAGGAGUCUCGUUGUUGGCGAUGAGGCUGGUGGUUCCCUGAGCAUUGUUGAUGACCUUGGCACCAGUCUUCUGAGCAGCAGCCUUGAUGGCCUUGUCGACGUCGGUAGCCGAAGUGAGGCCAUCGAGAGCCAUCAAGUAGGCAGCAAGACCAGCAACAUGGGGGCUGGCCAUGCUGGUGCCGCUGAGGACCUUGGUGUCGGUGUCGGACUUGAUGCCAACACUGAGGACCUUGACACCAGGGGCGUAGAUGUCAACCGACUUGCCAAAGUUGGAGAAGGAAGCGCGGUUAUCGUUGGUGGCGUCAAUAGCACCGACAGUAAUGGCGUUGGGUGCUGAUCCAGGUGAGGUGUUGGCAGUAUCUUG